CUCGGAUCGGACGAAAUUUCUCGAAGCCAUAUUACGCGCGAUACUACCAGAAACCACAGUCGCUUGCUUGCUUGUCUUGAAAACCCACUAUCCACAUCUGUAUCCCCCGCGUAUUCUUUACUAUUCAUUCUAUAACGAGAAGAGUGCUACAAGAAUCCCAUUGUCCAAUACCCCACGUCUUUCAAACCCCGGUUUGCGCGUCUGCGCGCUACGCCGAAACCAACGAGCCAACCAUGACCGCGGCCGCAGCAGCGGCGGCGGAGUCGGAGGCGGCGCUACCAGUCGUUGACCUGCAGUCCUUCGACUCGGUCGAGGACCUGGCGGCCGACCUCAUGCGCGUCGGCAAGGAUCCCGGUUUCUUCUACGUUGUUGGCCAUGAGCUGCGCGACGACGUCGCAGCCGAUAUGUUUGCUCUUGCCGAGACCUUCUUCAGCUCACCCAUUGAAGAGAAGUUGGCGUACGCCAAUGGCAGCGGCGAUCUGGGUUACACCGGUAUGAGGGAAGAAACGCUUUCGGGAGCAGGGCCAGGAGACGUUAAAGAGUCCUUCUAUCUAUCAGACCCCGGUAAAACGACGCAACUUCUUCCACCCGAGUUGGAACCCCGGCGAGAGACAAUGGCGGCCUUUUUUGCGGGUUGCGACAACCUCGCAAAGACCCUUUUGGAAGGACUUGCAGUUGGAUUAGGCAUGCCAAGAGAUUUCCUAUCAAAGGCCCAUACUGGCGAAAGUUGUCGUAUGCGUCUCAUAAACUACCCCCCGGUAUCCGAGGUCUCAUCAUUCACCACCACCUCCUCCUCCCCUUCAGACGACGCCCCAACCUCCGACUCGGAGGAUAUCCGAGCGGGCGCCCACUCCGAUUACGGCUCGCUCACCCUGCUUUUCCGCCAGGCCUCAGACCAGGGCGGGCUUCAAGUCCUGCGAGGAGGAGGAGGAAACAAGCCCGCUGCGUGGGCUGACGUCCCCUGCAUCCCUGACGCCAUCGUCGUCAACAUAGGCGACGCUCUCGAAUUCUGGACUGCAGGGAGGCUACGGUCUACGGUGCACAGGGUCGCCUUUCCCAGGUCAGCGAGCGAGAAUGUGGCGAGGCUGAGUAUACCCGUCUUCAUACAGCCCGAUCGCCAUGUCGUGUUGGCGCCGAUCAAGGAGGAUGGAAGGAAUGGCGGCGACGGUGGUGCAGAUGCCGAGUUUUUGGAGGUUUUGAGAAGAAAGGGGUACGAGAGCGCCGAGCCUGUUACGAGUCGAGAGCAUCUGGAGCGACGGAUACGAGCGACGUAUGGCAAGGUUUGACGCGCAUUUUCUCUAGGAAUCAUCAGCGAUGUUGGUAAGCACGGAAUGACAGCGAGCAUUUCUCUUUCGACACAUCAUAUAAUUUCAAGUUUGAACCUCAAGCUCGCAGUUGAGUCUGCAAACAUCUGCACAUAGGUAGCACUGAGAGGUGAAGGUACCUACGCCAAGGAAC